AUAUAACCAUAACAAUCGGCUGUACUGCGAUAUAUUAGUUAGAUAGUUAUUGUAAAACUCGUUCUGAUAGUCUGAGUUCUAAUGGAAUCACUAAAGGUUUUCUGUUUUGCUCUUAUGGCGGUAUCAGACGUAGCCAAAGCACAAUGCGUAAAUCGGAUGCUACCUUUGCAGACAAGCAUUCUGCCGGUUUCCGAAACGGUAAUACCGAACCCGGCCAGCUAUGUAACCGCUUGCAACCUAGAUUACGGAUUAGACGCGUUAUACCAGAACCCUGCAACCACGAUCAUACAGGACAGCACGGUCGCGAACAACCUAGCCAACGCUCUACAACUAAUGGUCGUUAGCAACCUGUUAAGUAAUACUUUGCCCGGUUGUAAUGACGUGGUCGUUCCAUUCGGGACCGUUGAUUUUGCACCUAUUCCGAACUGCAACAAUUACGGCAGCUACAACUAUAUAUUUUGAUUGUUUGUAUUUAAUUAUUAUUAUUGUAUUUUUAUUGUUUUGUUAUAUUUUAAAUAAAUAUUUAUUCAUAAUUUUA